AUGGCCCUCGUCACACGCUUGCUUGUCCACAAGCACAACAAACAACCCACGACCGAAAACAUGUACACGGCGGACGGCUGCACGGAGCGACAACACCAACUUGCGCAUAUAUCCAGCUCCUGGAAACGCCUCUUUACCCCAAAACUGGACCAGAGCAAGGGUCAAUGGGUACCAACACUAUCAGGCAUCAUUAAAGCUGGGGAUGAAGGUCUUAUCUCUUCUGCAUUGUUCACCACCCUCUAUGGACAGUCUGGCGAUGUACCCCUCGAAGUUUUCUACGAAGCGUUUGCGAGCGGGCUGCGGGCUCAUCCGGUGAUGGAACGGUCUGCAUACUCUUCGGAGAUUUUCAAGUUUAUUGCUGGGACGAAGCGAGGCGCUGGUGGACCCGGGAGGGCAAAAUCAGUGUCGUACAGGUCAACAAGUGGACGAGUAGACCCAACGUCAAAGCCCCAGAGAAAGAGCUUGGAUUUUUCGACGGCAGAGAGGGGGCUAGCGCGUGGCAUCUCCAUAAAAAAGCCAGCCCCGGUGCUUAUUCCUAUGGUCAAUGGACUGGUACACGAAGGUAAACAGAGGCAUAAAGACGGGUCAUGGAUGAAGGAUGGGCACACUGCGAAAUAUUUCGACGGCAGGAUGAGUGUUAGAAUUACGUCGGCUGAGCUUUCAGCGCUCUCAGUCAUACUAGGAAACCCUUUGAUCGCUGACGCACAGAAAAAUCCCGUUCCUUCGAGGAAAGGUGCAUUUGGAAUAUCGAUAUCAACGACGCCGACAGAUGAUGGCAAAUACCAAGUUACGCUCCGACAGCACAAGCGCAGCAUACCACAACAACAUGCUCGAGGAUCAGGCUUCUCACUACUUUACGCCAAGCAUCUAGCAGCUGGCUCUCUGCCCUACUCGCAGGAUAGGGAGGGCAUCAGCAGCAUAUUCGUCACCAAUGAGACAUUCGAAGCCAUUCAAACAGGCGCGUCGCUCCACGAGAAAUCAUCUACCACCAAAUCACCACAGUCUAUCUUCCUCACAUCGCUACCAAGCUCUCGAAAACUUCGAUUUCACGUUCUUGCCGCAUCGACAGAACAAAAUGCUUCAGCUACACUAAUCGAUGCCAUUGCCGCACUGCCGUUUUCAUGUGGCCAUACACCUCUUGCCUCCGCACCUCUCAUCAAGACCAUUCAAUUCAUCGCAUCCGGUGGACUAUUACCAGCACGAUUGUUACAACGCCUCGAAGGCCUCGUCGAAAAAGUCCACAGACAAGCGCCGCACCUCGACAUCUUCGGCCCACUUUACGAACCUCACAACGCUGGCCACCUAUACCGCGAGCGUGAACGCCUCGGCAAACUAUCGUCCAAUCCCGAUACAACCGAUACCCUCGCAGACAAAGCCGCCCGCAUGUCCCGAUACAUCACUCUCCUAGAGCGUCUGAUGUGUCUAGUUCCUGAUAUGAAACCCCAAGACGUUCUCGUCGCCGUACGCAAAGCUACAAAGAAGGAAUUGCGAAGAUCAUACGCUGAGGCCGUAACUGCGCACAAUAGCCCUUCUGCGAGCAUCACCAACUCCCCAUUCCUCGAGCCUGACACGAAGAGUAAGCGCCAGUCGUCCACUGCAUCUCGUACCAGUGCGAGAAGAUCGAAUCGCUCGAGUACGGCGUCGACACUUACGGUUACGAGUCUUGGUAGCCCGGCGCCAUCAGACAUCUUUCCACCUCAGAAUCUAGGCAAGAAGAUGGAACAGGUGCUCAAGAGUGAGUUGCCGCUAAGUGUUGAGACCAUCGCAUUUGUAGCGCGGAUGGUGCUUGUUGGAUGGACGCUGAGCGUGGAACCAACAGCGUGGGAGGAGGGUGAGAGUAGGUUCAAGGUCCUGGAUGCAGAGAAGUUGGGUGACAAGCUCAUUUUGUGUUGA